CUUUAGGACUGCUUGAAACGCUGAGACGAUCCUGAUAAUAUUAUGCCUCCUGUCAAGUUGAGCCUUACCGAUAUGCCCAUUGAAAUUUUCAAGGAUAUUCUGAUUGCAUCCGUUCAACUCCGUGGGCUUAAGCGCGCACUGAGGCUGCGGCUGGUUAACAAGCUCUUCUCAUCUGAAAUCGCCGAAGCACUCUCUGUCACCGGAUUGAUAGCGCAAUGUUAUCAGUAUUUAAACCAUUGUCCGUGGGCAACAGCCUAUGUAAAAGAUCACUUGCUCGAUCGCCGGACACGCGAACUUCCAGUACUCCAUAUUAUACAGAACUCCGCGGAAAGACUCGCGCAGGAAGACGGAAUAACAACUGAACCCCAUUAUUCUUCUUAUGCAUUGAGGCUUCUCGAGCUCUCUGGCGCGGGCAUAAGUCCCCUCAGCGUUCGCGAUCUGCUUGCCCGAGACAACAAUACAAAGAGAUCGUUAUCGUCUGACACCAACCUUCUGACUGCCGCGAUAUUCACAGGCCACAAUCAACUUGCAUCCCUCUUAGCGAACCACUCCUCAAUCAGUGAGCAAGGCAUAUUCGGCACGCCGUUUGAAGCGGCUAUCCUGGCAAAGAACUAUGAUGGGUUAAGGUUACUGACGGCACUACGUACCAGGAACGGGCACUUCACGCCCGGGGAAAUUAUAGACCUUAUGCGGACAGCGGCCCGCCACGGAGAUCCAACCGUGGUUAGGUUUCUCAUACAUUUUCGGGAUCCUUCAGGUGAUACACCAUUUAACCCCGCCACAUAUUAUCUGCGCAACCCAAAAAUAGGGGAAAGACUCAGAGUAAGACUCUGGCGUCCCAAGCUAGACUUGUCUCGAAUGUUCAACACCCCCGAUGCAGAAACCUUCGAUAUACUGGUGGCGGAACUCCAAACUGAACUUCAAGAUUGGGAAAAUGUUGUCCCCUUAGAUUCCAAAAUAUGGUUUGCCUCUUGGGUCGGAUGGGUAGCUAUGGUGAAGCACUUGAUUGCACUUGGCGGACACAUAGCAAACCCAAGUCAAGAUGGAAAUUUGUUUAUACCCUUGCAUUAUGCCUCUGAAGAGGGACAUGAUGAAAUUGUUUCAAUUCUGCUAGAUCAUAAGGCAGAAGUAAAUGGUACAGAACUGAGACUCGCGGCUUCUCGAGGACACACAUCCACUGUCCGACUUCUCCUAGACCGAGGCGCAGAUGUUCAUAGCAAACUCGCUGAAGGUUGCCUAUAUGCUGCAGCAAAAAAAGGUUUCAGGGAUAUUGUCCAGAUAUUACUCGAUGCGGGUAUUGAUCCGAAUUCUGGGAGCCCGUCUGCCCUUGUCGGGGCCAUUCACUCCGAGCAUCCAGGAAUCUUUCGACUGUUGAUUGAAAGGGGGGCCGCCGUUACACCGAUCUUUCCAGAGCUUGAGGAAGUGGCGAAAUCGUCCGGAUUGGAAUCGAUGCUGGCGCUUUUGCAAGAAUAUAAGAAGCUCGGAGGGGCUAUUUAGGGAUCGUUGAGGUUCUUAUCACUCGAAUGUGUCUUGAAUGCGGCACGCUGGUUCCUCUGACGAUGUAUUCUGGCGUUUGAGAGAGGGUUCCAUUUCCUCAAAAACGCAGUAUAGCGGGUGAGGUAUUGGCAGGUGGGAGAAUGAUAUGGAUGUAUUUACCGUGAAACUUUUCUUCUCCUUCUUUAGUACAUUUUUGCGCCGGUUCUGAGCUUCAUAGACCUGACUUCUCAAUUACACAUCUCGAAAUGAGUCGAAAGGGGUGCAACUAUUAUAUGCUUGAACAGGGAUUUUUCUGAGAUCCGAGAUAGAACUGUGGCCUUGCUAACAACAGCUUCGCAACGACUACGAUCCGAGGAGAAGAGAAUGUAGCCGUGAUCCAGCGUAGGGUUGGUGUUUGAAGAACAAGUUGACAUUGAAAAGCAUUUAUCAUGGCGAGAUU